AUGGGUUUUAGCGUGAGAGUGGAGAAAUGGCAUAUUUUAGAGAGCAGUGUUAUUUUAAAUAUUUUUGUGAAGGUUGUAAUUGGGGGAAAAUUUCAUUUUUUCUCUUAUGCUGAGACAUCUGUAUUUUUAAGUAUUUGGUUACUCAUGCUAAAUAUCACAGCAGAGACAACAUCUGACAAAGUGAUGGCUACAUUGAUGAUUUUUACUUACUUUUAUGUUUUCUUCUCUCUAUUUGCAUCCUCCAAUGGAUAUUGGAAAGAUAGAAAAGGAAUGGAGCGCUUAGAGGAGAAAGUCGCAAAUUUGGAAGACUUUACGAUGAAGCUGUUGAAAAAGUUGGAAAUGGCAGAAAACGAUAUCCAAAGCUUGACCACUGAGAAUGUCCAGAUUAGGAAAGAGCUUCAGGAAACAAGGCUACAGGUACAAAUACUGGAAAAGCAAGAUGAAGCUUCAAAGAUUCCUUCGCCAUUCCCAGAAUUUCACCUGGAAAAUUGGAAAGCAACAGAAUCUUCUGACGACACAAAGACACAAGACAAGAAUCAUGACAACGUUACAAAAUCUAAAAUCAACAAAAGGUUACUGGAGGGGAACGUGAUACACCCGACUGCGCCACAAAUAACGAAAACGAGAGUCGGCUUCAUGGCGGUAACAACAGAUUCACAAAUGCACAUGGGUGUAAACCAGGUUGUCCUCUUCCCUAAUGUCAUAGAAAAUGUAGGCAAUGGACUUGAUCCACAUUCUAGCAUUUUUAAGGCACCUGUAUCCGGCCUUUACAUUUUCAGUGCUUCCAUCCUUAGUCAUGCUGGAGUAACAGUUCGAUGUGUGAUUGUAAAGAACAGUCAGGAUGUUGCGUAUAUAUUUAGCGGUGACAGUACCACCUACUCAUCCGGAUCCAAAACUGCCCUUCUGGAUCUCACCGUUGGUGAUGAUGUAUGGAUCAAAAUAUAUGACAUCUCUGAUGUACAUGUUUACGGGGGUGCUUGGUCUUCGUUUAUGGGCGUUCUUGUUUCCUGA